AUGACAACAAACAUGUUAUCCAUAAAGUCGUCCCCAGUGACACACUUAUUGUUCACACUGGUGUUUUUAGUGUCUGGCCUUACUGUCAACUUGUUACAGUUAUUAUUUUUUAUAACUCUGUGGCCACUAAACAAGGAUCUUUUCAGAAAAAUUAACUACUAUUUUUCAUACAUUAUUUACUCAGAACUCGUUUUCUUGUCCGAUUGGUGGGCUGGUAUACCGUAUUACUUUUAUAUAAACAAAGAGGAUUACAAGUUCUUCGGCAAAGAACAUGGGAUGUUCAUCAUUAACCACAAAUACGAAAUUGACUGGCUAACUGCUUGGGUCGUACACGAUCGAAUCGGCGGCAUUCUCGGGAACUGCAAAGCAUUCGCAAAAAAUAGUCUCAAAUACAUGCCCGUAAUUGGUUGGGCUUGGUGGUUCGGCGAAUUCUUAUUCCUUCAGAGAGACUUGGUAAGAGACAAGCACACAAUCGAAACGAAGCUCGGAAAAUUGUUCGAACAUGGACACCCAGUCACGAUGUUGCUUUACGCAGAAGGCACCAGGUUCACAAAAGAUAAACAAGAGGCUAGCAUUAAGUUUGCUCGGUCUAAAGGACUGCCGGAGUUAAAGGAACACUUGCUCCCGAGGACUAAAGGUUUCAGCCUCGGAUUGCCUCAUUUUAGACACAAUUUGCCAGCCGUCUACAACGUUCAAAUUGCUUUUAAAGGAGAAGAAAAACCAUCGUUGAGAGCCUUGUUAUGUGGUCAGCGGUUUGAAGCACACGUGUACAUGGAAAGAAUACCCAUUGAACAGGUUCCAGAUGGUGACAAGGCGUGUGAAAAAUGGAUGUACGACAUGUACGAGAAAAAAGAUAAAAUGAUGGUCAGCUUCUUCAACACAGGAGAUUGGUUCAAGGAAAGUGGUGUAACACCAGUGGAGAAAUUUGUUCCGCCAUAUCGUUAUUAUUGUCUUCUAAAUAUGAUAUUUUGGUCAAUCUUAGUUUUAGUACCGUUUUUCUACUUGGCAUUUAACAUAUUCAUUUCGGGAAAUAUACUUCAUAUAUUAUUGUUGGUGCUACCGAUUGGCUUACUUCACGUCGUCUUAUCCAAAAUGUUGAGCGUUUCUGAAAUAAGUAAGACGUCUUCACAAUACGGUACAGAGAAACAAAAAACGAAAUAA